UCUGUGAACUCGCCACGUUUGGUUACUGGUGCUUCAAAGUUUCUUUUGUACAUAUGAUAAUUUCUAAAUACAGAUAAGAACAGUUCAACAAGGGAUAUUGCUAAACCAACUACAUGAAAGACUUCAAAUAUGAUGACCAGAUCUCGAUCCGCUGAUGCUGCUAAAAGAAGCGUUAGUUCUUCAACAAACGAGGAAGAACUUGAACGAAACAACAGCCAUGUAGACUUUCGCUCAACGACAAACGGUGUGGACAAAAAGACAGCUGGCGAGAAAAACAUGAAAACUCAUCAGGCAAGCCUUAAGGGAGACAGAGGGAAUAUAGCCGUUCUUACGUUUCUGUAUGUUCUUCAAGGAAUCCCUCUAGGGCUGGCCGGCGCUAUGCCGAUGUUGCUUCAAACACGAAAAGUCGCGUACAAAGAUCAGGCAACGUUUAGUUUCGUAUUUUGGCCUUUUAGCAUGAAGUUGUUGUGGGCGCCUAUCGUAGACACUCUUUACUUUUCGCGAUUUGGCCGAAGGAAAUCAUGGCUUGUUCCUGUGCAAUAUUUGUUAGGAAUUUUUAUGCUCGUACUUUCAAAGCACAUAAAUGAACUGUUGGGUGAAAGUAGUGAAGAAGGGCCAAGUAUCAUCUUUUUAACAGGGAUUUUCUUUUGUUUGAAUUUCCUUGCUGCAACUCAAGAUAUUGCCGUGGAUGGUUGGGCACUGACAAUGUUGUCCAGGGAAAAUGUUGGCUGGGCAUCAACUUGCAACACAGUUGGCCAAACAGCAGGAUUCUUUAUGGGGAAUGUUGUAUUCUUAGCUCUUAGCUCUGCUGACUUCAGUAACAGAUAUCUUCGAUCACAACCAUCAUCAGAUGGAGUUGUCACCUUUUCAGGAUUUUUUUACUUCUGGGGAAUUGUUUUUUUAAUCACCACAACACUAGUUGGGUUGCUGAAACGGGAAAAGUCAGAACAAGAGCUCCAUGGAGAAGAGUCUGUGGAAGGAGUAGUUGAUGGGUAUAAAACAUUGGGCAAAAUUUUGCGCUGUCCCAGUAUUUUGAAAUUGAUCGUUAUCUUGCUAACAUUUAAGGUUGGCUUCUCUGCAGCUGACUCUGUGACUGGCCUCAAGCUGAUUGAAGCUGGAGUUCCCAAAGAGAAUCUAGCUCUUCUUGCUAUCCCCAUGGUUCCAAUACAGAUUUUAUUGCCACUUUAUAUCAGCAGAUAUACAGCAGGUCCACGUCCUCUUGAUUUGGGUCUUAAGGCCUUUCCUUAUAGACUGUUUAUGGGUGUGGUCAUCAUGAUGUGUGUCUGGUGGGCCAAUGUUGUGCGUGGGCCUGGGGAGGAAUUCUUUCCGUUAUACUUUUACUUAACAAUUCUGCUGGUGUAUGCAAUCCAUCAGGUGUCCCUGUAUUGCAUGUUUGUGGCCUUCAUGGCUUUCCACGCCCGCAUCAGCGACCCGCGGGUUGGAGGGACGUACCUAACACUUCUUAACACGGUGACGAACCUGGGAGGAAACUGGUGCCAGACUCUGGCACUGUGGUUGGUGGAUGGGCUUACCUGGACAAACUGUAUUGGUGCUUCUGUACCGGGACUCCACUGCAGCGGCAAGACAAAUGCAAAGGAUUGUACGAAUGCUGGAGGCGUUUGCCAAACUGUGGUUGACGGCUAUUACGUAGAGUCCAUCGUUUGUGUCGUCAUUGGUAUUGUAUGGUUGAGAUGGAAAGGUCAGAAGACAAGAUCUCUGCAAGAUUUACCUGAAUCAGCUUGGAGAUAUCAGUAAAAUAUGGAAAGCAACGAAAUGUAUGCAUAAAACUUAGGUUUAACUUUGUUCAAUGCACCUUCUAUUUAAGUGUAUAACAUUUUUCGAAAGUACGGAAUAUUUUCAAGAACUACCGGAAGCUAACGAAGAAGUAUAGUUGGUAACAAUUGAAACCAUGCGCAAUAUUAGUGUAGUGGAAAAUUUAUUUACACUUCUUUGUUACAUAAUGAUACACUGAAACUUUAAGAUAAAAGGAAGACGGUGUUGAAUGUUACCAAUAUCAAAAUGUUAAACGCACAAUACUACAUUUAAAUAUAAAUUAAAUGCGACUACAGACAUAUAUGCACGAGUUAAAUUGAUAAUUCAGCUGAGUCAUAUCUGCUUGUGCUCGAGCUCUGGCAGUGGUUAAUUCUGGGCUCUCGCUUCAUACGAUUUCCGAACUUAUUUCAAUUGGAAAUUUCAUGGGGCAUAUGUAAGAUAUCAUUCCCUCUUUACUCUGUUUUCAUAUGCUUUUCUUAUGAUGUUUCAAAGGACUUAUACGUCCAAAAAUUCGGACUCACGCAUGCGCUCUACAGUCUCAACGGUGUUAAGUGACUUAUGCCGAACGACCCUGAAUAUCUCAGUACCCGGUUGUCCUAUGAAGCGAUUGAGUUAAGUAUAUGUAUUCGUAAAGAAGAUCAUCAUAUGCAAACCUUGAAAUAUGGUCAUUACGAAUUAUACGCAACUAGUAAUUUUGAAAUGACCAGUUAAAUACAACGUACUGUAACAUAUGCGUUUUGUACCAAUCUCUGGCGGAAACCAUUUUUGGCUAUUUUACAUUCCGUUAGACUAGCCAUAGUAAAAAACAAGGAGAGGGAGGAGAUUAUGAGAAUUGUAACCCCAAGUGCCACAUAGGACUAAACAUACUGUUGCCCCGAGCAGUACUUUUGUUUAAGAUCGUUGACGAAGUAGAUAAACAUAGUCUAAAUCCUGUGUGGUUCUGAAGAAAUAAAUGGAUUUCCAGAUUUCUUUAUCAGUGAAUUAUUUUAGGUGAUUAAGUGACUUUCCUGCGUUAGCAAGAAGCUAUCUACACAACAGUCAAGCGUUUGGCUAAAUUUAAGAUGGUCUCGAACUCGGUUUUAACUUAGCAAUGGCGAAAGUUUUUCUAAAUAACUGGCCUAUGGUUGGUUUAAGUAUAUCUCAAUAUAAUGUACAUUUACAUGGCAUGCAAUACGUUACUUACAGCUGUACAAUACUUUUAUCACUACGCCUACUUUCAUUAUUUAUUGCAAUGAAAAAUUGUUGCUUUAAACGAUCUUGAUUUAGAGGGACUUAAACCAGUAGCAUCACACACAUCUGAUAUUAGGAAUUAUUUUUGCUAUGAUGAUAAACAUAAAAAAUUUCUUUACAUUUGCUUUUAUUUAGUACCCUCUAACUAACUAGGGACCCUGUUAUCAUCUUAAUAAGAUACAUGAAAAAAUUACUCAGUUCUAAUUGGUUAAGGUGAAUGUAUUUUUCAGGUAAUUCAGUGCAGAAGAGGGUUAAUUCGGUGCAAAGAAGUAACAAACCAGGUUGAACAAUUCCUUGAGCUGUUUAGCCGGACUAUGAACUUUUUUGCGCCUUUAAGAUGUAAAAAUAUAAUUGUAGAUUAUUGUUUUGAUCGUACGCUGUUGUUUUGACCGCACGCACAAAUGUCACUUGCAGGGUUUGAAUAAAUUAUUUUUUCACUCGA